AUGCGGGAGAUCAAGGUCCUGAAAUUGUGCUCCAAUCAUAGAUAUAUAAUUAAUUUACAUGAUGUCUUUGAGACUUCAACUUUCAUUUUUCUUGUAUUUGAACUAUGCAAGAAAGGUGAAUUGUUUGACUACCUCACUCAAGUGGUGACGCUAUCAGAAAAAAGAACAAGAAUAAUAAUGCGGCAAUUACUUGAGGCUGUGAAAUUCAUUCAUGAAAAAAACAUUGUUCAUAGAGAUUUAAAGCCAGAAAAUAUUCUUCUUGAUGAUGACAUGAAUGUAAAACUGACAGACUUUGGUUUGGCGACCAUGCUUGAAGACAAUCAAGAACUUACAGAUCUGUGUGGUACUCCUGGGUACUUAGCCCCAGAAGUAUUAAAUGUAUCAAUGAAUGAAACUGCCCCAGGCUACAGGAAAGAAGUAGAUAUGUGGGCAGUUGGAGUCAUCAUGUAUACGCUGUUAAGUGGAUCCCCUCCAUUUUGGCACCGGAAACAGAUCUACAUGUUACGUGCAAUCAUGGAAGGGAAAUACCAAUUCAACAGUUCUGAAUGGGAUGAUGUUAGCAAUAUACCAAAAGAUCUGAUUUCUAAACUGCUUGUAGUUGAUCCUAAAAAGAGACUUACUGCUGAUGAUGCUUUGCAGCAUCCAUUUUUCCAAAGAGAUAUGGGCACGAUACGCAAAGCUUUCAAUGCCAAAAAGAUGUUCAGAAAUUUCAUCUCAAAUAUUUUUUAUUAUAAUUUCUGGAAUAUAUCUUUUUUCUUCUUCCUUUUUUUCUUCUUCCUUUUUUUCUUCUUCCUUUUUUUCUUCUUCCUUUUUUUCUUCUUCCUUUUUUUCUUCUUCCUUUUUUUUCUUUUUCCUUUUUCUUUUUCCUUUUUUUUUUUCUUCUUUUUUUUCUUCUUCCUUUUUUUUCUUCUUCCUUUUUUCUUCUUCCUUUUUCUUCUUCCUUUUUUUCUUCUUCCUUUUUUUCUUCUUCCUUUUUUCUUUUUUCCUUUUUUUUUUUCUUCUUUUUUCUUCUUCCUUUUUUUCUUCUUCCUUUUUUUCUUCUUCCUUUUUUUCUUCUUCCUUUUUUUCUUCUUCCUUUUUUUCUUCUUCCUUUUUUUCUUCUUCCUUUUUUUCUUCUUCCUUUUUUUCUUCUUCCUUUUUUUCUUCUUCCUUUUUUUCUUCUUCCUUUUUUUCUUCUUCCUAUUUUUUUAA